GGCCCAUCAGCCAAUGGGGAGAAAGCUUCGAUUCUAGUGCCGAAGGCCGGAUCGGCUUUACUGGAAUUGGCGGCUGCGACCGUGGGUCCUAGCACACCGCAAUCAUGUCUAUUAUGUCCUAUAACGGAGGGGCCGUCAUGGCCAUGAAGGGGAAGAAUUGUGUGGCCAUUGCUGCGGACAGGCGCUUCGGGAUCCAGGCCCAGAUGGUGACCACAGACUUCCAGAAGAUCUUCCCCAUGGGUGACAGGCUGUACAUCGGCCUGGCCGGGCUCGCCACCGACGUCCAGACGGUUGCGCAGCGCCUCAAGUUCCGGCUGAACCUGUAUGAGCUGAAGGAAGGCCGGCAGAUCAAGCCUUACACCCUCAUGAGCAUGGUGGCCAACCUCCUGUAUGAGAAACGGUUUGGCCCCUACUACACGGAGCCAGUCAUCGCCGGCUUGGACCCGAAGACCUAUAAGCCCUUCAUCUGCUCUCUGGACCUCAUCGGCUGCCCCAUGGUGACUGAUGACUUUGUAGUCAGCGGCACCUGCGCGGAACAGAUGUACGGGAUGUGCGAGUCCCUCUGGGAGCCCAACAUGGACCCGGAACACCUGUUUGAAACCAUCUCCCAAGCCAUGCUGAAUGCGGUGGACCGGGACGCGGUGUCAGGCAUGGGAGUCAUCGUCCACAUCAUCGAGAAGGACAAAAUCACCACCCGGACACUGAAGGCCCGGAUGGACUAACCUGUUCCCAGCGCCGCUUUGUUUUCCUUUUCCUUUUGUUUUUAUAAAAUAAAGCAACCUGUCUUUCA